CUUCAUACUGAGUUUUAACAUUUUUGUUUCUGUUGAACAUUUUUUUUCUAAAGAAAUGUGACUGCGAUAUUGUGUUCCAUCAGCCUAUAUUCGGAAGAUUUAAAACAUUGGAUUCAAGGAUACAUUCCACUUCGAAAAGAACAUGAGCUAUCCGAGACGACGUACAACUGAAAACUAUGAACCGGAUUGGGAAGAACGGGAACCCAUAUCUUCACGGUACUAUAGAGAGGAUCGAAGGGAUAGACGGAAAGAGCGUUCUUCUAGUCCUGAACACAACCCCGACAUAAGAAGUCCCGGUACUAGCUAUCAGCAUCGAUACCGAUCAAGUGAUCAUACGUCUUCCCACAAGCAUCGAUCAAGCCCGGAACGAACCGCAAGUUACUAUAAAGACAAAACGGAUGAUCGUAGGAGUCGAUUAGAAAGAUAUCGCAGUUCGGAGCGAGCUUCUAGUUACAGCAGUAAAAAGAGACAUCGAGACCGAUCUGACAGUUUGGAAAAAUCAUUUCGAAACGAUAAUAAGAGACCGAGGCAACGGGGAAAUAGUGAAGAUGAUCUUACGGAUUCACCCUCAAUACAACAGCAGGGCGAAGCCGCUGUAACGGAAGAAGAAACCAAUCUGAUCAAUUUUUCGUUUAUGAAUUAUAAAAGCGCACUUAAUCGAGUCCUUCUUGGUUAUUGCAGCCGUGACCAACUUGUCAAGGAUUCCAAUGACUUCUGGUUGUUUCUGAACAAAUACGAAGCACUGCUCAAACGAAGCGGUCAAUGUAUUUUACCAAAACCGUUGGAUGAAACUGAAGUAAAAAGCGACGAAAUGAUACGGUCGGAAUACAACAAAGCGUACUGCGUAUCAAUGUCGUUCACAUUCCCAUUCGAAGAAAUGUACAGUAGACUACCACAAACUGAAGAAGGUUAUAAAAUUAGUCCUCUAAAGCUAAAGCAAUUUCUGCAGAUCGUUCUGCACUACCUUGAGUUUCGGCAAAAGGAACGGUACAAUAAAUUGCGAAAGUUGCGACAGGCCCAAGCUAAUCUUCCCGUAGCAAAGUACCGUGAGGAGAUUGUGGCAGCUGUUCAGAACGAAAAGGUGGUAAUUCUUGCCGGUGAUACGGGUUGUGGAAAGUCCACGCAAGUGCCACAAUAUCUGCAUCAUGCUGGUUUCAAAAAAAUAGCUUGCACCCAACCGAGGCGCAUUGCCUGUAUAUCGUUGUCAAAGCGAGUGGCUCAUGAGAUGCUCUGCGAGUAUGGAACUGAGGUCGGUUAUCAGAUCCGGUUCGAGAGAACAAAAUCUACACAUACCAAUAUCCUGUUUAUAACUGAAGGACUUUUGCUGCGUCAGCUGGCUGCGGAGGAAACACUCUCCCAGUACUCAGUUAUUAUACUUGAUGAAAUACAUGAGAGACAUUUGCAUGGGGACUUUCUUCUUGGUAUUACCAAGUGUUUGAUCAGAGCUUGUCCAGAUGUUAAGCUGGUUUUAAUGUCUGCUACGAUAAACAUCAAAUUGUUUGGAGAUUAUUUUGCUGAAGAAAGCGCGCAUAUCAUAGAAGUUCCCGGGCGACUGUUUCCAAUCAAGCUUCACUAUAUGCCACAAGUUCAAGAUAACGCCCCUCCAGUUGGUACAAGUAAACACAAGUCAAAAACCAGCGAUCGGUUAAGCCCGGAUCCGUACCUGCAAAUAUUACAGCUGAUUGAUCAGAAAUACCCACCCACGGAAAAAGGGGAUGUUCUCAUUUUUCUUAGUGGUUUGAAUGAGAUCACAACCAUCGUAGAUGCUGUCAAAGAGUAUGCAGAAAAAGCCAAAAACUGGAUUAUUUUACCGCUGCACAGCACACUGUCAAUCGCCGAACAAGAUAAAGUAUUUGACUACGCACCUGAAGGUAUGCGGAAAUGCAUUAUCUCUACUAACAUCGCUGAAACCUCGGUGACCAUUGAUGGAAUUCGGUUCGUUAUUGAUUCUGGCAAAGUCAAGGAAAUGAGUUACGAUCCGACCACCAAAAUGCAGCGCCUGAAGGAAUUUUGGAUUUCCAAGGCUUCGGCCGAGCAACGCAAAGGAAGAGCGGGUCGUACUGGGCCGGGAAUCUGUUAUCGAUUGUAUUCGGAGAAGCAGUUUCACGACUUCGAAUCCUUCACUACUGCAGAAAUUUUAAAAGUACCUUUGGAAUCGCUGCUGUUGCAAAUGAUCUCGAUGGGGUUGCCAGAUGCAAGGUUAUUUCCCUUUGUGGAGCCGCCAUUAUCGGAAAGCAUAGAGAAUGCGAUCACGAAUUUGAAACAGCAUGAGGCACUAACAGCGAAUGAAAAGUUAACCCCUUUGGGUAUAGCGUUAGCCAAGAUACCCGUUGAUAUUGGAAUCGGCAAGAUGCUGCUAAUGGGAUGUGUUUUUCAGCAGUUGCAACCGGUGCUCACUUUGGCUGCGGCUUUGAGUGUCCAGACGCCGUUCACUAAUCGAGCCUUUCGCGAAGCUGAGUGUGAGCGUGCUCUACGGUCCCUUGAAUCGGACCACGGUGAUCCGAUUACCCUAUUGAAUGCAUAUAAAGAAUGGUUGGAGUUGAAGCAAACUCGUAACGACUAUAGAAAAGAUGAACAGAGAGAAAGUACCAAGAGUUGGUGCCGCAGGCGAGGACUGGAGGAGCAACGGUUCUAUGAAAUCACCAAGCUUCGCAAUCAAUUUCAAGAGUUGCUGCAGGAUUGUGGCUUGAUGGAGAGUUCCGCUGGAUCGGAAAAUAUGACCAGUGCCGAGCGUGCCAUCCGACACGGUGAGCUAAGGCAGUUAAAAGAGCUGCGAAAAGCACACAAAAUGGAAGCUCCCCGGAGACGACAGCUGCUGAAAUCAGAUCCUUGGGGCUUGGGGGAUGACGAGGAAGAUGACGGAAAAAUUGACAUUCGAGAUGUUGAGUUCCGAAUGAAUCUCGAUUCGUCCAAACUACAGAACUUGGUUAGUGGAGCAACGGCUUGCAGUUACAGAGAUUUGAUGACGCUUAAAUUAAUAUUAGUCAGUGGAUUGUACCCGCAGGUUGCCAUUGCUGAUGAUUACAACUACUGCAAGGGACCUAACGAGCAAUUCUUUCAUACGCAAACCAAGCCUUAUGCCACUCUUCAUCCGAUGGGAUUUUUUGCCAAUAAUGUGCAAGUUUUACAACUCACCGACAACGAUAUUAUCGAAAAGUCCGGAUCGUAUAAAUCUCGUCAACCGCUCAGUUCCAAACAUCAAAUUCUUUGUUACCUAACGUUAUUGGAAACCAAUAAAACCUAUUUGAUGAAUACUCUUCGAAUGCCGGCAGCUCAAACAUUGCUGCUUUUUGGGCAUACAAUUGAUAGCAAUCUGACUUUCUCACGGAUAAUUUGUGACUCGUGGCUAUGUUUGGAUUUUCCUUCCCCAGAAACUGGCCAGAUAUUGCUGUACAAGGCGUCCAAACUAAAACGUUUAUGGAACCAGCUGCUAGUGGAAAAACUGAAGGUACUAACGGUGACUGCGGAUGAGGAACUAACAAAGUCUCAACGGGAGAAAUCGAUAGAACAGAUGAACUAUGAACUUUGGCAUGAUCUAGCUCAAUUUAUGAACACUGAAGUUUGCUACACCAUUAAAAGGUUGCUUCCAGCAGACGUGAAAACAUUGUACAAAGGCUCCUCAAUAGUAGAACCAUUAGAUUUAGAUCCUAACCCAUUCGCAGAGGACUUUGUUCCUAUAGCAAACGAUGUCAAGGGAGGGAUGUACAUCACAGAGAAUAUUGUGUAUGCCUGUGUAACAGAGACUGAUUGGAGUAUGCAAAUGUACGAUGAUAUAAUAUCCAAUGACUGGGAGUGCAGUAGGUGUUCUUGUACCUACAAUUUAACUGGGAUGCAAAAGUUACAGCAUCAAAUGGUGUGCAAAUCAACCCUUACUGAAGAGACCGAAUCGCAGCCACAGGAACCUGCUAAAAGUGGCAAGCAUAAACCAAAUUCCAAAAAGUUCGAUUGUCCCAUUUGUGAAACUACACUUAAUCUCACAGCAAUCGAAAUCUUGAAACAUAAGAAAUCCUGCACCAAAACAGUUAAAGAGGAGACCCCAUAAGUAGAAUGGUUAAAUUUAUUAGCAAUUUUUAUUAAGCCUAAUAAAAUCACAUUCAACGGCUACUGCAA